GGUCCUUUGUUGUUUGUCAUGUACAUCAAUGAUCUGGAUGAAGGUGUGGUAAAUUGGAUUAGUAAGUAUGCAGAUGAUACCAAGAUAGGGGGUGUUGUGGAUAAUGAAGAGGAUUUCCAAAGUCUACAGAGUGAUUUAGGCCAUUUGGAAGAAUGGGCUGAAAGAUGGCAGAUGGAGUUUAAUGCUGAUAAAUGUGAGGUGCUACACCUUGGCAGGACAAAUCAAAAUAGGACGUACAUGGUAAAUGGUAGGGAAUUGAAGAAUACAGUUGAACAGAGGGAACUGGGAAUAACCGUGCAUAGUUCCUUGAAGGUGGAAUCUCAUAUAGAUAGGGUGGUAAAGAAAGCUUAUGGUAUGCUAGCCUUUAUAAAUCAGAGCAUUGAGUAUAGAAGCUUGGAUGUAAUGUUAAAAUUGUACAAGGCAUUGGUGAGACCAAAUCUGGAGUAUGGUGUACAAUUUUGGUCGCCCAAUUAUAGGAAGGAUGUCAACAAAAUAGAGAGAGUACAGAGGAGAUUUACUAGAAUGUUGCCUGGGUUUCAACAACUAAGUUACAGAGAAAGGUUGAAUAAGUUAGGUCUUUAUUCUCUGGAGCGAAGAAGGUUAAGGGGGGACUUGAUAGAAGUCUUUAAAAUGAUGAGAGGGAUAGACAGAGUUGAUGUGGACAAGCUUUUCCCUUUGAGAAUAGGGAUGAUUCAAACAAGAGGACAUGACUUCAGAAUGAAGGGACAGAAGUUUAGGGAUAACAUGAGGGGGAACUUCUUUACUCAGAGAGUGGUAGCGGUGUGGAAUGAGCUUCCAGUGGAAGUGGUGGAGGCAGGUUCGUUGGUAUCAUUUAAAAAUAAAUUGGAUAGGCAUAUGGAUGAGAAGUGAAUGGAGGGUUAUGGUAUGAGUGCAGGCAGGUGGGACUAAGGGAAAAAUGUUGUUCGGCACGGACUUGUAGGGCCGAGAUGGCCUGUUUCCGUGCUGUAAUUGUUAUAUGUUAUAUGUUAUAUCCCCUGACUUCGCUAUUUUUAAGAGCUCUACUUUGCUCUCUCUUGAAACUAUCCAGAGAACUGGCCUCCACCUGAGGCAGAGAAUCCCACAGACUCACAACUGUGUGUGAAAAAAGUGUUUCCUCUUCUCUGUUCUAAAUGGUUUACCCCUUAUUCUUAAACUGUGGCCCCAGGUUCUGGACUCCCCCAACAUCGGGAACAUGUUUCCUGCCUCUAGUGUGUCCAAACCCAAAAUAAUCUUAUAUGUGUCAAUAAGAUUCCCUCUCAUCCUUCUAACUUCGAAAGUAUACAAGCCCAGCCGUUCCAUUCUCUCAGCAUAUGGCAGUCCGCACAUCCUGGGAAUUACUCUUGUAAACCUAUAAUAGCAAAAUCUCCUUCCUCAAAUUUUGAGUCCAAAACUACACACAAUACUCCAGGUGUGGUCUCACUAGGGCCCUUUACAACUGCAGAAGAAUCGCUUUGCUCUUAUACUAAACUCCUCUUGUUAUGAAGGCCAACAUGCCAUUUGCUUUCUUUACUGCCUGCUGUACCUGCAUGCUUACUUUAAUGGUCUGAAGAACAAGGACCCCCAGAUUCCGUUGUAGUUCCCCUAUUCCCAACCAUUUAGAUAAUAAUCAUCCUUCCUAUUUUUGCUAUCAAAGUGGAUAACCUCACAAUCAUCCACAUUAAACUGCAUCUGCCAUGCAUCUGCCCACCUACCAGGUAAUUAGCCACUCUCCAGUCCUGCAGCACCCACCCAUAUUUAAUGACCACUCAUAAAUCUCAGCCUGGGGACCUCCAAUUUCCUCUCUGGUUUCCCACUGUGUCCUUGAAUAUAACUGAUCAGGCUUGGUAGUUAUGUCAACCUUCAUACAUAUUAGGAGCUUCAGCACCUUCUCAAUCAUAUUACCGACUGCCCUCAUGACACGACCAUUGACUGUCCCAAGUUCCCUGGUCGUCGUGUUAAAGAGAAAUAUUCAUUGACGACUUUGCCCAUUUUCUGGCUCCCCCUUUUCCUUUAAUGUACUUAAAAAAUAUCUUGGGAUUGUCCUUAAUGUUCUCUGCCAGAGCUAUUUCCUGUCCUCUUUUUGCCCACCUGAUUUCUUCCUUUCGUUUGCUCCUCAAUUCCUGAAACUACUCCAGUAAAACAUAUGAUUCCAGUUCCUACACCUGCCCCGUGCCUCCUUCUUCUUGACUACAACAUAAUUCUUUCUUGUCAUCCAAGCUUCCUUUAUGCCUACGCUUCUUGCCAUUCACUCUUGCUGGAACAUGCAUGUCCUGGACCCGUUUCAACACACAUUUAAAAACUUCCACCAGAUGUUUCUUUUCCUUCAAUUGACCUGUUCCAAUCAAGUUGAGCGAGUUCCUGUUGAAUAAAUUUAAAGAUUGCCUUGCCCUAAUUUAGAAUUUAAAUCUGUGGGCUCGCCCUGUAUCUAUCCACAACUAUCUGAAACCCUAUAGAACAGUGGUCACUGGUCCCAAAAGGCUCAACCACGAAAAUUUCAUCAAUUUGCACCUCCCGUUUUCCAAAGACCUGAGGACACUUUUGAGAACAUGCAAUGCAGAUGCUGCACUGUCUAAAAUCCCCAACGACAACCUUAUUUGUCCUACAGCCACCUACAAUCUCCUGGCAUAUUUGUUCUUCUAAUUACCAUAAUCAUUCACUAUUUGGGGGCCUGUGGUACACUCCCAACAAGGUGAUUAUCAAAGUGUUAAUAAACAUUACGUUGCACUAAACAUUUGCUGAGAGUCUUUUGUCUGACACGUCAGUUGACACCCUUUAGAGGUAAUAUGGUCAACACAAGAAAUCAGGAGCCCCUGGUGACAGUGUGAAACUAUGGGCUACCAAUGCUUCAGACAUCAUUUUGAAUGUGGCCUUGUGAAAAGAAAACCUUUUUUUAAAUCAAAAUCAACUUUAUUCAGAAUAGAUAUACAAAAAAAGAACUGUGAAAAAUUAUUCCGACAUUCUCGGAGGCUAUACAUACAUUCAUUUGCAUCGUAUCAUAGUGUUCACAAAUAUUUAGUCUGGCACCCUUGCCAUUCAUGUGUCCCCCUGGGGUGAUAUCCCUUCCCUCUUUUGAGGCAAAGAGAUAAACAGGAUCUUCUCAGUUGGGCAACUGGUUAUGUUUGACAGACAUGAUGAGCAGGCAGAGAAAAGAUCACCCAAUCAGGCUGGGCCUGGUGAAUGUAGUGACUCUGUUGCUAUUGUGCUCUGGGCUUGUAAUUGGAUCCAGGCAGUUCUGCCUCGGGUACAUUGGAAGAUCAUUGUCAUCAUUUCUUGCAAAAGCUAGUUUCACUUUCGAGGUUAAGUUUCAGGAAAUGAUUGUUUGGGGAAGUCAAUGCCAGCAACACUCUUCUCAAUCGACUCCACAGUAAAAGUGCUGCCUAAGCUGUAAACAUAAAUUCAAAGAGCAGUGUAUCUAAUGAACACGAUGAGCAAAACAGUGAGGGAUUUGUUAAAGGAGAAGCUCGAUCAGCUUCAGUGCCACUUCACGUGGGGCCCACAGAAGGAGACCAUUGACCUGGAUGAUAUGAUGCACAGAUUACAAGAUUCUAUAGAUCUGAAUUUGAAGUAUAAGGCCAGGACCUGCAACCAAUUUGCAUUUGUAAACAGCCUGCAGGGCAACUAUGAAGACGCUAUUCAAAACUUAAAGGAAGCUGAAAAGAUUCUAAGGGAGAACUACAAAGAUGCAUUUGAAAGAAGAAGCAUCAUCACCUAUGGAAACUAUGCUUGGGUGCAUUACCACAUGGGACAACUGACCGAGGCCCAAUCCUACCUCGACAAGCUGGAGAUGAUCUGUAAACCGCUCACUGAUGGCCCUCGCUAUACAGCAAUGAUACCUGAAGUGUAUGGGGAGAAGGGAUGGGCAUUGUUGAGAUCGGCAGCUCAAUACUAUGAGGAGGCCAUGGAAUGUUUUGAGAAAGCUCUGGAGGAAGAUCCCAAUAACACGGAGUGGAUCAUGGGCUAUGCAACUGCUCUGUAUCGUCUGGAAGCAAUUCCUGGAACCACAGAGAAUAUAGGUCAGAGUCAGAGCGUGAAUCAUCUGAGACGUGUUCUGGAGCUUGAUCCAGAGGAAUCUUUGGCUAUGGUGAUGUUGGCCCUAAAACUGCAAGAGAACAAGCAAAAGAAGGAAGCAAAUGAAUUAGUUCAACAAGCCUUACAGAAAAGCCCUGAUGUUCCAAAAGUGCUUCGCAAUGCGGCAAAAUUUUACAGACUAGAACAAGCUGGGGAAAAGGCAAUUGAGCUGCUGAAAAAAGCAUUAGGAAUCACUCCACACAGCAGUGUCCUACAUGACCAAAUAGGUAUGUGCUAUAGAGUGCAACUACUUGAAGUGUUCAAAAAUCCAUUGAGCUCUGAUCGUCAAAAUCCUGAAUUUCAUCAGAAAAUGGUGUUGAUCGAUCAUUGCAAGCAUCACUUUGGAAAGGCAUUUGAACACCGUCCAAGGACAGCUAUUAAAUCACAACUAGAUUAUGCAGACAUCUGUCUAAGAAAUGGAGAGAAUUCCAAAGCAGGGGAGGUCUACAGCAAACUGCUGGAGUUAGAGGGAAUUCGUCCAGAUAAUAUGCAGAGAAUAUGGUUACAGGCUGGCUUAUUUCAACUGCACAAGAGAAAGUCUGAUUCAAAUGCUGUCCAAUUGUUCCAGAAAGGACUGAAGAUUGAAAAUAACUCCAAAGUAUGGAAAAUGUGUUAUGAAAAUUUGGACAAGUGGGCAGAAAAGAAACUUUGCAGGGAUCCACAUGAUAGCAAGGCACUUGGUGUCAAAGGGUUACUGCAUCAGAUAGAUGGGGACAAGUCCGAAGCUAUUGAAUACUUUGAAGAGGCCUUGGAAUUCGAUCCAAGCAAUGAAGAAUAUCUCAGUGCUCUUUGUGAAUUGCGCCUUUCGUUAGAAGAACAUCAUGACCUUUGAAAGAUGCAAUAAGAUGCGAUGGCUGCCCUGCCGGCGGUCUAUUCGCUUUUCCGUUCUUUUCACUAUUUUUUAGUGUGUUAAUAGUUUGUUUUAAUGUUCUUCAGUUUGUUUUACGUGGGGGAGGGGGUAACUUUUUUUUUCAGGUUCUUACCUUGCCGGAGAGGUGAUUAAUUUUCGGAUCACAUUCUCCGGCGCACUCUGCGGCCUUCCAUUGAUGGAGCUAGAAGCCUCCUCGGACUGUCAUGACCCCCACCGUGGGGCACGGACUUAACAUCGGAACGGAUCCCUUGCCUGGGAUCGCUCCCACCGCGGCCUGCGGACUUACCAUCAAGCUCGCAGUCAGGAGAAGCUGAGUCGGGCGCUCCAUCGUCACAGAAGUUUCAAUCAACCCCGACGCGAGGUUCGAUCGCCCAACGCGGGGGAGCUGACAUCCCCUCGAUGCAGGAGCUUGACCACCUCAACGCAGUAGGCCCAAACGCCGCCGGCUACGGGAGUCAAGAUCGUCCCGUGAAAAAUAUAAAAGUGGAUAAGUCUCCAGGUCCUGACAGGAUAUUCCCUAGGACAUUGAGGGAAGUUAGUGUAGAAAUAGCCGGGGCUAUGACAGAAAUAUUUCAAAUGUCAUUAGAAACGGGAAUAGUCCCCGAGGAUUGGCGUACUGCGCAUGUUGUUCCAUUGUUUAAAAAGGGUUCUAAGAGUAAACCUAGCAAUUAUAGACCUGUUAGUUUAUAGGCAGCGUGACUCUCGUCAGCAGCGGCCUCUGCAGCCCGUCCGCGUUUUUAUUAUUUUUUGUCUAUGUUUCUAUGUAGCUUUUGUUAUUUUUUGUUGGGGUGUGUGUGUGGGGGGGGG